AUGACGGAUAACGAUAUGCUGAUUGUUGAUGCAAGGCUUUCCCAUUCAAACUACAUCAAACGAGAGAUUGCUUACCAGGCAGAACUGGGUAUAGACGAUCCUCUGGUUAUCGUUGAUAUUGACGAGGUGGUGGAGAGGUACAGAAAAUGGUACCAUUUGCUUCCAAGGGCUGAAAUAAAGCAGGUGUUAGACCUAGGAGUCGAUCCGUCACGCAUCAUAUACGCCAACCCAUGUAAACAAAACGCACAUCUUCCUUUCGCCAAGAAACACAAUGUAGACCUGAUGACCUUUGACAGCGAGGAGGAAUUGAUCAAGAUCAAAAUGUUGUAUAGAUCAGCAAGUUUCCAUGUUGGAAGUGACUGUCUCAGUUCCGACGCAUUUGCUUUUGCAAUCAAAGAAGCACGGAGAAUAUUUGACAUGGGACAACAGGUCGGAUUUGAUAUGAACGUCCUUGACAUUGGAGGUGGAUACCGAGGCCGAGAUGUUGAUCAUCCGACCAUAGAAGAGAAUGCAGACAUCAUAAACCAGUGCCUUGAUGAGUAUUUCCCUGCAGCAGAAGGAGUAAAAAUAAUCGCCGAACCAGGACGUUACCUUGUAGAAACUGCUGUCAGCGCUGCAGCCAAUAUCAUAGGCCGGAGACAAAAAACGUAUUGA